GGGCUGCAGCUGUCUGAGAGCAACAAUAACAAGCUGUACUCAACUACUUCACCGCGGCGUAACCAGAACCUGACAGCGACCGAAACCACCGACAACCCCACCAUGAAGCGGGUCCACUGAAUCCUGGAUCUGACCGUCCGUCCUACGGGUUCAGAACCGGGUCACCGCCAACCGUCUGAAAGCUCGACCGCAGGGGGAGCAGGGCAGUGCGGGGCUGCAUCUGGGUCAGUGGGCCUGUCGGUGUCUGUGACGACGCGAUCGAUACCCCCGCAGUGUCAUCCGGUUCUACACACUUCUGGACCCUUGUUCUGACCCGGCAACAUGCAGGCUAACGGGGCCGGACAGGAUCAGGAUCGGGACUCUGAGCUGUCCUGCAGAAACGGAGCUCAGAACGGAGAGUCCUCCUCCUCGGGCGACGCCGCCGCCGCCGGGGACGCUCACUCCAACGGGCUGCUGUCCGUCACCAACAACAACAACAACAACGGAGUCCCGGUUCAGCCCGGGUCAAACAACAGCGGAAACCCGGCGGAGGCCAGCCCGGGCCUGAAGAAGAAGAAGCGGCUGUCCCAGUCCGAGGAGGACGUGAUCCGACUCAUAGGACAACAUCUACACGACCUGGGGCUAAAUCAGACCGUGGACCUCCUGAUGCAGGAGUCCGGCUGCAGGCUGGAGCAUCCGUCUGCCACCAAGUUUCGUAACCACGUCAUGGAGGGCGAGUGGGACAAGGCUGAGAGCGACCUGAACGAGCUGAAGGCGUUGAUGCAUUCUCCGAGCGCCAUCGUGCGGAUGAAGUUCCUGCUCCUGCAGCAGAAGUAUCUGGAGUACCUGGAGGACGGGAAGGUUCUGGAGGCGCUGCAGGUCCUCCGAGCAGAACUCACUCCUCUGAAGUACAACACGGAGCGGAUCCACAUCCUGAGCGGGUACUUGAUGUGUAGUCAUGCAGAGGACCUGAGAGUUAAAGCGGAGUGGGAGGGAAAAGGCACGACGUCCCGGACGAAGCUGCUGGACCGACUCCAGACGUACCUGCCUCCGUCCGUCAUGCUGCCCCCUCGCCGCCUGCAGACUCUGCUGAAGCAGGCGGUGGAGCUGCAGAGGGACCGCUGCCUCUACCACAACACCAAGCUGGACGGGGGUCUGGACUCUGUGUCCCUGCUGCUGGACCACGCCUGCAGCCGGAAACAGUUCCCGUGUUACACCCAGCAGAUCCUCACUGAACACUGUAACGAGGUCUGGUUCUGCAAGUUCUCCAACGACGGCACCAAACUGGCCACCGGCUCCAAAGAUACCACGGUGAUCGUGUGGCAAGUCGACCCGGAGACCCAGCAGCUGAAGCUGAUGAAGACUCUGGAGGGUCACGCGUACGGGGUUUCCUACCUGGCGUGGAGUCCUGAUGACAUGUACUUGAUCGCCUGCGGACCUGAUGACUGCUCAGAGCUGUGGCUGUGGAACGUUCAGACGGGGGAGCUGCGUACAAAGAUGAGUCAGUCUCACGAGGACAGUCUGACCAGCGUGGCGUGGAACCCCGAUGGCAAACGCUUCGUCACUGGAGGACAGAGAGGACAGUUCUACCAGUGUGACCUUGAUGGGAACCUGCUGGACUCGUGGGAGGGGGUCCGAGUGCAGUGUCUGUGGUGUCUGAAUGACGGCCGGACCGUCCUGGCAUCAGACACACACCAACGCAUCAGAGGGUAUAACUUUGAGGACCUGACCGACAGAAACAUCGUGCAAGAGGAUCAUCCCAUCAUGUCGUUCACCGUUUCUAAAAACGGACGGUUAGCUCUGCUCAACGUGGCCACUCAGGGAGUUCACCUGUGGGACCUGCAGGACCGGGUGCUGGUGAGGAAGUACCAAGGGGUGACCCAGGGCUUCUACACCAUCCACUCCUGCUUCGGAGGACACAAUGAGGACUUCAUAGCCAGUGGCAGUGAAGACCACAAAGUGUACAUCUGGCACCGGCGCAGUGAGCUGCCCAUCGCCGAGCUGACCGGUCACACACGUACCGUCAACUGUGUGAGCUGGAACCCCGUCCUGCCUGGACUACUGGCCAGCGCCUCAGAUGACGGGACCGUCCGGAUCUGGGGACCCGCCCCCUUCCUGGACGUCCAGGAUGCAGAUGGGCUCACUGAAUGUUGCAGCAUGGACAGCUGAUGAUCUGUUGCCGUGGUGACCCUGAGGAGCAUUAAGACUCUAUAAACACUUGAAAUGAUGCAGCGGGGAAGGCUUUGGUGAUUCGACAGCUGCCUCCUGGGGGCAGGGUCUGUGGUGCUGCAUGUGCGGCCAGGUGAAGCUGGGCUCCACCUCCAGCGUCUGACCCACCCGUCCUCCUGUGUGAACCCUCAGCCCCCUCACAGGCCACCCUCCUCCUCCUCUUAUUUAUUAUCAGCUACAUAAUUUAUUGAUGAGUAGUUCACUGACUGGGAGAUCUGUGUUCUGUCUCCAGUCUGAAGAGCUGUUCCCUUCUCUGAACCUUUUAAGAGAUUUUAUCAACAGGAACAUUGGAUGGAUGUUACACCACCUUGAAGAGUAUCUUCUUAAUGCAAAAGAUGACGUUAUCUUGUCCUUUUUUUAGUGCAGAAUAAGAGUUUUAUUCUUUUUUCCUUCAGCUUCUAGUCAGAGACAGAUUAGUAUUUGAUGAGCAUGUUGCAAAGGACGAUGUGUCCGAUGGCUUUCUGGUGUUUUACACUUGCAGUUAGUCUAUAGUCUGUAGUGUGAUGCAUGGUUAGCUGACCGUGAGCAGCAGCCUAUGUAUGGAAUGAAGUUUUAAGGUUUUAUCAGUCGGUCCUCACCUGUGCACAUCUGAGUGUAUUUUUUCUUCUUGCUUUCACAUCUUUGAUCCCUCUUUAUGUGUCCUCUGCACUCAAACAGCAGACUUCAUAUGAAAUGCAUUGCUUUGGUUUAGUUGUUACAUGUUGAAAAAGUUUAUUUAUUACAUUACUUUUCUUUUUUGUUUUUUACUUUGAGUGGAGCUGUUACAUUAAAGGGCACACUCCCCGAUGUCCACUGUGCACACUAAACAAAACCCCGCUCAGAGCUGAAAUACUUUAAAGUUAAGACUGGUGUUUUCUCUGUGCUUAAAUAUGGUCAACAAAUCCCAUGGGGAAAAAAACAGAACCACAGUUUGUCUGUAUGUUUUUCAUUACAUUCUCACCUUUAAUGAACAGAAGAGUAUUUGCUCCAAGUGUAGGCACAUGAAGGUAGAUGAAGUUCAGAAAGGCAAGAAUAAAGUCUGAAUUUUGGCGGACUAGCUUUCUCUAUCUGUUGCAGGUUUGAUUUAAAAAAAUAAAGGAGAGGAAUACUUUUUACCUUUUCACUUUAUUUUUCUCAAAAUGCAAAGUCAAAUGCCAAAUCUGUUCUGUGCCAUUUGUUUCUUCUGUCAGCCAACCAAUCACUUUUUAUAUGUAAAGCAACCAUUCAUAACAAAUGAAGAUGUAACUUUGAUUAAAAAAAAACACACCUCAGAUAUAUACUGUAAUGUUUAAAAAGAAGUUUAAUAAUUCUUUAAAAGCGGCUUUUAUCAAUCAUGAUGAAAUAUGGGCAUUUAUUGGGGAUUAUUUUCAGCGUCGGAUGAAUCUGCAUGUGGAUUUGCUGACUGUAAAAAUGAUUCAAGAAAACAGCAGACUUCACUUUAUAAGAGGAGUGACUGAAACAAGUUAUCGGUAAAGAAGACACACUGGCAGUUCAAAGUGGGGUGUUUUGGGGUAUGCGUCAUAGACUGUAUAUGAGGAAUGGAUGUAGCCACAAUGAUGUCAUCAUUAAUUUGUAGACUAACAUUUGAAGCCUCCAGUUUGGGAUGCUGGAAGAGACCAUAUUUGGACCAGAAUGGGGAGGUGGAGAGGAGUGAGGGGUCAGCAAACACUGUAACUGUAAAUGCUUCUUUUUUUUUGCGAUUGCGCUUUUCAAAAACAGGCUUUGAAAAGUACUUACCUUCAGAAAUAGACCGCCUUCUCCUCAGAGUGAUCAACCUAACACUGAAUAAAACAGUUUUUCAGGUCGUCAUGGUACUGCCUUGUCACUCACAUGUAGCUAAGCCUUAAAUCCUCCCUCGCUUUCUGACUCUAAAUGGGAUCAUAAUUCACAAAAUGAGCAUCAUGUUGUACUAAAGAAAACUUGAAACUACAAAAUGAGACAACAAAGUUAUUAGGAAAAUGUUCACUGAGGGAAUAAAUCAACUGGAAAGUCGGAGCAUUUUUUCAUAGACUUCUAUGGAAUCAGGCUUUUUUUUUAAUCCAGAAGGGUUGGUCAUUAGAAAGAGCGUGGGUUUGAGGUUCAGACCACUUCUAAUAUACAGUCUAUGUGCAGGCCAUGAUAACAGUUCAGAAUGAUGGGAUGUGUUUUUCUCACAGGUGGUAACAUGUUUGUACGCAGGUGUAACAUACAGGUAUAAUGAACUUGUACAAAGUGUUUCCUUUCAGAGUAAAAGAACAAUGUUGCCUGACAUGCUGUUCUGUGUAUAUGUGCUGUAUUUCACUAUGUCAUGGCGUGUAUGAUGUACACCUGGCAGACAGGACGACGUGUGUGUGUGUCAGGGUUCCCACGUCCUGCUUUUUACAACUCACAGCUUUGUACCAAAACGUCUGACUGCACUGAUAAUGUCACAUCACACUGACGAUGUGACACGACACCCUAUUAAUUAACAUGUAACCACCAUGACGUAACAUGAAACAUUUACAAAGUAUCAUGUUGUACUAAUGGUUAACAUGUAACACUGACGAUUUAACAGGUUACACUAAUACUUUACAUGCAACGAUAACGAUAUAGCAUGUAAGACUGACAAAAUAACAUGUAACACUGAUGAUUUAACAUGUAACAAUGAUGAUGUCACAUAUUACAUUGUAGAGGUAAUUAUAAGUGAAACAUAUUAAUUAUUUGUGUAACAUGUAACACUGAUGAUGGAACAUGUAACACUUCACCGUACACUUACGAUUAACCUCUAACACUGAUGAUGAGACGAGUAACAAAGAGGUAACAUGUAACACUAAUACUUUAGUGCAACAAUAAUGAUGUAACAUGUAAGACUGACAAAAUAACAUGUAACACUGAUGUUGUAACAUGUAACACUGACGUUGUAACAUGUAACACUUCACCGUACACUUACGAUUAACCUCUAACACUGAUGAUGAGACGAGUAACAAAGAGGUAACAUGUAACACUAAUACUUUAGUGCAACAAUAAUGAUGUAACAUGUAAGACUGACAAAAUAACAUGUAACACUAAUGUUGUAACAUGUAACACUGAUGAUGUAACAUGUAACACUUCACUGUACACUUACGAUUAACCUCUAACACUGAUGAUGAGAUGAGUAACAAAGAGGUAACAUGUAACACUGAUGAUGUAACAUGUUACACUAAUACUUUAGUGCAAUGAUAAUGAUGUAACAUGUAAGACUGACAAAAUAACAUGUAACACUGAUGUUGUAACAUGUAACACUGAUGAUGUAACAUGUAACACUAAUGAUGUAACACUGAUGUUGUAACAUGUAACACUGAUGAUGUAACAUGUAACACUCAUGUUGUAACAUGUAACACUGAUGAUGUAACAUGUAACACUGAUGAUGCCAGAUGUUACACUCAUGAUGAAACAUGUAACACUGAUGUUGUAACAUGUUACAAAGAGGUAACAUGUUGAUUAGCAUCUAACACUGAUCGUUAAACAUGUAACAAUGAAGGGGUAACGUUACAUUGAUAAUUAACACGUAACACUGAUGAUGUAACAUGUAACAUGUCACACUGAUGAUGUAACAUGUUGAUUAGCAUCUAAUUCUGAUCGUUAAACAUGUAACGAUGAAGGGGUAACGUUACAUUGAUAAUUAACACGUAACACUGAUGAUGCAAGAUGUUACACUGAGGGUGUAACUCAAAACAAUUUUAGACUCAUACAUUUCAGACCGCUCAUUUCCUGCUUCCGCUGAUUCUGUUUCCGUUUUUAUUUUCAAGUUAAUUCUCCUAAAUCUCUGCAGGACUGUCAGUGGGAACCCUGCUCAUCUGCCUGAACUACAUCGUAGCCAUCACAGACACACAUGCUAGUGCUCCACAACAAUAGAUGUCACACACACACACAGACACACACACUGAUGUCACAGAUGUGGUGUUUCUAGUUUCUGCUUCUGUGAUUUCCUUUAGUUCGAGUAUUUCCGGCUUCUUCUCUUCUUUUCUUCUCGCUGUAAGAAGCCAAAGUAGGAACUCUGUUUGCUUGCAGGCAGUUUUCUGCCACAAACCGUUUUAUAUUUUAAAUGUGUUAUUAAAGAAGUGAUUGUACUGUUCUGUAUCGUUCUGUAGGACAAGUGUUAUGUAUGCAUAUUUUAAAUAAAGCAUUCAGGGGUUCAAAACGUC